AUGUCUAAUCCGCAGAACUACACUGUUGGAUGGAUCUGCGCCAUACACACUGAGUAUGUCGCUGCCCAGGCUUUCCUUGACGAUAAGCACGAAGGGCCUGAUUAUAUAUCCUCCAACGAUAAUAACGACUAUACGCUUGGCAGGAUAGGAAGGCACAAUGUCGUUAUCGCCGUACUUCCGAACGGCGAACAUGGACUUUCAUCCGCAGCGAGCGUUGCGAGAGAUAUGUUAUACAGCUUCCCCAAUGUUAGAAUCGGCCUAAUGGUCGGAAUUGGUGGCGGUGCUCCCAGCUUAAAACAUGACAUUCGUCUUGGCGAUGUUGUCGUGGGCGUUCCUACCAAUGGAAAGGGCGGCGUCAUCCAGUAUAACUUUGAAAAGGCCAUACAGGGCCAAGAGUUCGAAGAGACAGGAUUCCUAAAUCAGCCACCAACGCUGCUGCGGACUGCCGUUGGUGGCCUAAUGGCACAAUACGAGUCAGACGGGAAUCAGAUCAGAGAAGCCGUCAAGAGUGCAAUAGCAAAGAAGCCGCGGCUUCGGAGAAAAUAUAUGCGACCCGAAGUUACAACUGACAGGCUCUAUUGUUCACAAAUCAUUCAUCCCUUAAAUAACGAGGCUGACUGUGGGAUAAUAUGUGGCGACGAUUUAUCAAAUCUUACACAACGGUCUAACCGCGACGAAACUGACGACGACGAUCCAGCAAUCCACUAUGGGCUGAUUGCUUCAGCGAGUACACUCAUGAGAAAUGCUUCACUUCGAGAUAAAUUAGCGAAGAAAGACAUUCUUUGUUUUGAAACAGAGGCUGCAGGAUUAAUGAACCAUUUCCCAUGCCUGGUUAUUCGUGGCAUUUGCGAUUACUCAGACACACAUAUAAAUGCAAAAUGGCAGGGUUAUGCAGCGAUGACAGCUGCAGCAUAUACAAAAGAUCUUCUUUAUCGAAUAGCUCCAAAUAGAGUUAAAACUGAGAAGAAGAUAAGCAACAUUUUAUCCGAAAAUCUCAGAGAUAUUGCUGAAAGUCACCGUGAUAUUACGGGAAAACACCAGGAAGAUCUAGCGAAAGAGAAGGAGCUUGAAAAACAGCAAAAGUGUCACCAGCUAUUCCGCCUUACAUCUAACGAUAAAGAUACUACAUAUGAGUGGUAUAAAAACCGUGUUGAAGAGAUGGUUAAAGACACAUGUUUAUGGUUCCUUAACCACGAGCACUACCAAGAGUGGUUACAGCAAGAGUCCGGUCCUCUGCUAGUUACAGCAGACCCUGGUUGUGGAAAAUCUGUGUUAGCCAAGUAUCUUAUUGACCAUGACCUGAUACGAAAAGUGGAAAGUCAGUUCUACAGCGGCUAUUCAAGCAGCAGUAAAAACAACUUGAAGUAUCUUCUCACAUGCCGGCCAUAUGAGCAAAUCACAUCUCGGUUCAAUGGCUUGUUACAGAAAUUCCCAAAUAUCCGUAUACCAGGGGAAGAAGAAUCAGAAAGCAUUAGUCAGGAGGUGAAUCGCGUUAUUAUACAUCGGAUCAAGCAGCUCUCGGCGAAGAAAAAGUUUUCCGCUAAAAUCAGCAAAUACCUGGAGAAAAAAUUACAGGAGACUACCCACCGCACUUAUCUCUGGGUAUAUCUUGUGUUUGACUAUUUGGAAGAAAAUGUUUUCAUUAAAAAAACUCAAAAAGAGAUUGAACUAAUUAUUAAAACACAUCCGAAGAGUAUUAAUGAGGCAUACGAAAAGAUUCUUAGCAAGUCUCAAAAUGAGUAUAUGGUUCGGAGGGCCUUGGGUAUUGUCUUGGCCGCUAGUCGACCCCUCACACUCUCAGAAAUGAACAUUGCUAUGAGCAUAAAUGACACAACACAAGAUAACACGACAAACACUUUUGAUGAUCUUGAUUUAGAGGAUGAAAGAGACUUCAAGUCACGUCUCAGGUCUUUGUGUGGAUUAUUCAUCUCUAUCUAUCAUGACAAGGUUUACUUCCUCCAUCAAACUGCUCGCGAAUUUCUCCUUGUGGACUUGGAAUCUCCUGCAGCUAUUCCAUCAGGGCUACACUGGCAUAACUCUAUCACUAAUCGACAAGCACACAACACUCUUGCGGAGCUCUCAUCAUACUACGGUCACCACACUAUUGUCAAGCUGCUAGUCGAGAAAGGAGCUGAUCUUGAGGCGGAAGAUAACAAUGAUCGGACGCCGCUAUCAUGGGCUGCUGAGAAAGGCUACGAGGCUAUUGUCAAGCUGCUGGUUGAAAAUGGAGCUGAUAUUAAGGCCAGGGAUAGAUACCGUCAGACACCUCUAUCAUGGGCUGCCGAGGAAGGCCACGAGGCUAUUGUUAAGCUGCUAAUUGAGAAGGGGGCUAGUUUCAAGGCCAAAGAUAAGAAUGGCCUGACACCGCUAUUACGGGCUACUAUAAAUGGUCAUGAGGCUAUUGUUAAGUUGCUAGUUGAAAAGGGAGCUAAUAUCAGGGUCAAAGAUGAAUAUGGCCAGACGCCGCUAUUAUGGGCUGCUGAGAAAGGCUACGAGGCUAUUGUUAAGCUGCUGGUUGAAAAGGGAGCUAAUAUUGAAGCCAGGAAUAAAUUUGGUCAGACGUCGCUGUUGUGGGCUGUUGAGAAAGGUUAUGAGGCUAUUGUUAAGCUGCUGACUGAGAAGGGAGCUGAUUUGGAGGCGAAGGAUGAUACAUUUGGCCGGACGCCGCUAUUACAAGCGAUCAGAUAUGGUCGUGAGAGUAUUAUAAAGGUGCUGAUCGAAAAAGGAGCUGACAUUGAAGCGAAAGGUGGCAAACUUGACCGUACGCCGCUACUACGGGCUGUUGCAAGUGGUCAAGAAGCCAUUGUUAAGUUGUUGGUCGAAGUGGGAGCUGAUAUCGAGGCGAAAGAUGAUCAAAGUGGCCGGACGCCGCUGAUACAGGCCGCUAUAAAUGGUUAUGAAACUAUUGUUAAGUUUUUGAUCGAGAAAGGAGCUGAUAUUGAGGCGAUAGAUGAUGAAAAUGGUUGGACAUCGCUGUCGUGGGCUAUUAAUAAAGGUAAUGAGGCUAUUAUUAAGCUGCUGGUUGAGACAUUGAAGCGGAAGAUGAUGAAAGAGAUUUAA